AACACAUGUCUUCUAGUUUACACUAGAUUCUAGAUACAUUAACGUGCAAAGUUGUAAUUUUAUGAUUUACUUGUCUUUAUACAUCAUUGAGUGGUAAUAAUGCCAGAUAAAAUUGAUACUAGAAUUAAACUCUUGAUUGCCAAUGGUGUGUCCACACAACACCGAUCCAUAUUUGUCAUUGUUGGGAAUCAAGGCAAAGAUCAGGUUGUUACUUUUCAUCACUUGUUGAGUCAAGCCAAAGGAAAUGCCAGACCUUCAGUAUUAUGGUGCUACAAAAAGGAACUUGGAUUUAGCAGCCACACAAAGAAAAAAAUGAAGCAGAUUCAGAAAAAGAUCAAAAGUGGCAGGUUGAAUGUCAAUGAAGAUGACCCAUUUGAUUUGUUUGUUGCAUCCACCAGUAUUCGAUAUUGUCAUUAUUCAGAUUCACACACAGUCUUGGGAAAUACAUAUGGCAUGUGCAUCUUACAGGAUUUUGAAGCUUUGACUCCUAAUUUGUUAGCAAGAACAAUAGAAACUGUGGAAGGAGGUGGCCUAAUUGUAGUCCUGUUGCGUCCAAUGACAUCGCUCAAAGAGUUGUUUACUUUGACAAUGGAUGUUCAUGCCAAGUUUCGCACAGAGUCUCAUCAAGAUGUGAUUGGAAGAUUCAAUGAAAGAUUUGUCUUGUCAUUGGGAACUUGUAAAAGUUGUUUGGUAAUGGAUGACAAGUUACAACUGCUUCCAAUCUCAUCACAUGCCCUUGACAUUGAACUGCUUCCUGCAAAAUCUCAUGAAGAAUCUUAUGCAGUGCAAUCAGAAAUGUCAAAAUUGAUCAAUUCUAUACCUGAGACAAAUAUUACAGCACACAAAAUUGUUCAAUUAUGUAGAACGUUAGAUCAGACUCAUGGAUUUAUGAAAUUAAUUGAAGUUUUGCAAAAGAAAACUUUAUCAAGUACAGUGGUCAUGACUGCCGCCAGAGGCCGCGGUAAGUCAGCUACACUUGGUUUGUCUCUAGCUUCAUCUGUGGACUUCGGAUAUUCAAAUAUAUUUGUGACAGCUCCUAGUCCAGAAAAUCUCAAAACCUUAUUUGAAUUCAUAUUUAAAGGUUUUGAUGCACUUGGAUAUCAGGAAAACAAAGACUAUGAAAUCCUAACUUCCACCAAUCCCGACUUCAAUAAAGCUGUGGUCAGAGUAAACAUAUUCAGGAAUCAUAGACAAACUCUACAGUAUAUCCACCCUGCUGACUCCCAUAAACUUGGACAGGCUGAGUUAGUUUGUAUUGAUGAAGCUGCUGCCAUUCCAUUACCAUUGGUGAAAAAUUUGUUAGGACCAUACCUAGUCUUUAUGUCAUCUACUAUCAAUGGGUAUGAAGGAACAGGGAGAUCACUGUCAUUGAAACUCAUUCAUCAACUAAGACAACAAAGCUGUACAACUGGAAGCCAAAAGACAAAGUUUUCAGGGAAAGAAACAGACAAAGUCACUUUUGGUGAGAAUAUGUUUACAUUUUGUGAACUAAUUGUCUGUGUUUUGAAGAUGCACCUCAUUCCUAAAUGUUUUUCUACUUUAGGUCGCACACUGGUUGAACUUGAACUAAAGGAAUCAGUUCGCUAUGCUCCAAAUGAUCCAGUCGAGGCUUGGCUCAAUGAUCUGUUGUGUCUAGAUGCUAACAUCAAUCCCUGGUCAAUAUCAGAUUGUCCACAAGCAUCCUCUUGCCAUUUGUACUCUGUCAACAGAGACACUUUGUUUUCUUUCCAUGGAGCCUCAGAGAAAUUCCUUCACAAAGUAAUGGCACUCUAUGUCUCUUCCCACUACAAGAAUUCCCCUAAUGACCUUCAGCUUUUGUCUGAUGCACCUGCCCAUCAGAUAUUUGUUCUGCUUGGUCCCACCAGAGCCAAUCAAAAGGACCUUCCUGAAGUUUUAUGUGUUUUGCAGGUUUGUUUAGAAGGAGGACUGACUAAAUCAAGUGUUGCCAAGAAUUUAGACAGAGGUGUCAGAGCAUCUGGAGAUUUGAUUCCCUGGACAAUAUCCCAACAGUUCCUAGAUCACAACUUUGCUUGUCUCUCUGGAGCUCGUGUAGUGAGAAUAGCAACACAUCCAGACUAUCAGCGAAUGGGAUAUGGAUCAGUUGCUCUGGACCAGCUCCAAAAGUUUUAUGAAGGGGAAUUCUCUAAGCUGAAAGACACUAAAGAUCUUGGGAGUAACCUUGAGAAUAGCAGUGAUGAAAAUGUUGACAUCUCAAGUAAAAUGGACAAAAAAAAGGGAACUAAUCUGUUCAGUGAAAUACUGGAGCCAAGGACAAAACUUCCUCCACUUCUGGUCAGACUUGAAGACUCACAUCCUGAGAAGCUGCACUAUUUGGGUGUGUCUUUUGGCUUGACCUCUGAACUUUUCAGGUUUUGGAAGAAAUCUGGCUAUGUUCCAUUAUAUUUAAGACAAACUCCAAAUGAGCUCACCGGAGAACACUCUUGUAUCAUGAUAAAAGAAAUCAACACAGUCAAGGUAGAGAGGCCAGUCUGUUUGCAAUCUUACUGGAAAGAUUUUCAAAGAAGAUUUGUCUCUCUUUUAUCAUAUCAAUUUCGUACUUUCAAACCCAGCCACGCUUUAGAAAUCCUGAGGAAUAAAAAUGUUAAAACAACUGAAACAGAUCCACUUAAUUUAUCCCAGCUGACAAUGUUCUUCAAUCCUUCUGACCUCCAGCGUCUGAAGCUGUACUCCAACAAUAUGGUGGACUAUCACAUGAUAGUUGAUGUACUUCCUGUUCUCUCCAGACUUUACUUCACAGGCCUCAUCAAACUUCAUCUUACAAUCAUUCAAAGUAGCAUUCUACUAGCCCUGGGUCUGCAGCAUAAAACAGUUGAAGACAUAGAGAAAGAUCUAGAGUUGCCUGUCACUCAAAUAUUAGGACAGUUUAAGGAGAGCAUUACGAAAUUUGUUAAGCUCUUCAGAGAACUCAAGGAUCAAGAUCAAGGAGAAACUUUCAGCAAAGUUCAGAAGCAAACAACUCUUGACAAAUGUAACAGUAGCAGUAGAGCAGAAAAAGAUUUAGACAUUUCCCUUCAGUCUAUGAAAAGCACUAAUGAAAGGAAACAUAAAUUACCAGAAGAUUGUGAUACAAGUUCCCAAGGAACAACCAAGAAAAAACACAAACAAACAAAUGUAUAGAUGACUGCUAUUUGUUUUGUAUUAUUAUUCAUCAUUUAAAAUAAAAUCUAAUUUAGAUCUAA